UAGAUGUCGCGACGCCCAUGCGUAGCUAGCGUCAUCACACUGUUUUAAGUUUUGUCGCUUUAUUUACAAGAUCAUUUAUAUCUGUACGUAAACAAUUCUGAGUGAAAAAUGCCGAAAGUAGUUUCAAGAAGUAUAAUAUGUUCAGAUACGAAGGAUCAGGAAGAAUACAGUGAAGAGAAACCAUUGCACAUUUAUUAUUGCUUGUGUGGACAGAUGACAUUAAUUUUAGAUUGUGCCAUAGAAAAAUUGCCUUUGAGAAAAAGGGAUGGUGCUCGAGUCAUUGAUGGAAGUAAACACGCUCAUAAGAUGACUUCUGAACAGGAUGAGACAGUAUAUUUAAAACGACCAGAGGGCAUAGAAAAGCAAUAUCGGCAAAAGUGUAAAAAAUGUGGCCUCUUUCUUUAUUAUAAACAUGAUCAAGCGACGAAUAUUGUAUUUAUUGUAAAAGGUGCAGUGAUCAAAAGUUCUGGAGAAGGUCCAAUGACAGACAUAUACAAUCAAGUGGCUGUUGAAAAACCCAAGAAAAUAAUGGUGACGAAACAUACAAAAAAUAUGGGGAAGUUCAGCUCUGUUACUGUUUCUACAAUUGAUGAAGAAGAAGAUGAGAUUGAAGCGAGAGAAGUUGCUGAUUCGUAUGCUAAUAAUGCACGAAUAAUAGAGAAACAAUUAGAGAGGAAAGGAAUGAAUAAGCGCAAAGCUAUGCCUCCGCCUGAAGCAGAUCCAAAAAGAACGAGACCUCGUGGAACUUUAUUAGAUGUAUAAGAUAUAAUUUAAAUGAAUAUCAUCACAUAAUUAACUUUAUAUAAAAUUGUACAUAGAAAAUUAUAAUUAGACGACGUUGGACAAUUUUUGUAAAGAUCGUAAUUUAUUUUUAUCCUAUCAUGCCAAAGUUUCAAAUAGAAAGUAAUGAUUCACAGAAUUAAACGAUUCUUUAACAUUA